UUGGGGAAAUUUGCUCACACUACAGACAUAUUUUUUUCGGACGUGUAUUCCGUAAUACCACAGCUGACUGGAGCUGAAACUUCCUAUCGUAAAUUUAUAAAUUAAGUUGCGAUUAAAAAUGUUAAAGUCGGCUUUAAGAGUGGUCACCACGCCUAACGUUAUACAGAAGGCAACUUUACGAUGUCUACCAAACAUCAGCAACUCGUACGAAUUAACAAUCUCGAGGUGUUUGCACGCAACUACUGUAAGUCAAAGAAAAGAAGAAAGGAAAGCAAUGUUGGAUUCUAUGCCAGUAGAUGACGGUACGGAAGGAGAAAAGUACAUUGACAUUGAUAAAAUACUGUCUAAGGAUGACAUUUAUCCUAAUGAACGGAAUAUGGCAUUAACCUUUAACGGGGUUGCUUUUAAGAAAUUACCAAUUUGUAACAUCCGAGUAUCACAUAAUAAUACCAUUAUGACAAUAUGCAGUCAUGACGGGCUUGUCCAUAAACUACGUUCUUGUGGACUUGAAGGUUUUAAGAAUGCAAAGAAAGGUACUAAUAUAGCGGCACAGGCAACGGCAAUAAAGUUAAGCAAGGACGCGGUGAAUGAUGGCUUUAAGGAUGUUAGGGUAAGGGUUCGAGGACUCGGACCUGGAAGAAUGUCUGCGAUAAAAGGUUUACAGAUGGGUGGUCUGAAUAUAAUAUCUAUUACGGAUGCGACAAGAGUUUCUCCAAAUCCUCCGAGGGCAAGAAAAGUGAGAAGGAUUUAAACUGUAUUUUAAAAUGUAUAAUCCAGUUGCUAACAAAUAAUACGUAUGAAAGCAUUUAA